CUCAGUUGAGAAGAUCCACCAGAGUCAGAAAACCUUCCACGAGACUUUCGGAGGAUGAUUUUGUGUUAGUCACAGAUGGAGGAGAGCCAGAGACAUAUGAUGAGGCUAUGUCACAUGUGCACCGCGAGAAGUGGAGAAACUCGUGUUUUGUCGAGAGAAGGCCGGUUUGUUUGCUCACUCCAUGUAGGAGUGAGGGGGAGAUUUGUUGGGAAAUUUCCCUCCUACAUGGAGGAAGUGUUCAAUUUUAAUUGGACAACACAUUAUAUCUCUCUUUUGUUUUGGGCUUAUUUUUUGUGUGUAAAGUUUUAGCCCAAAUAUUUUAUGGUGGCCCAUAUACUAAAUAAAUGAAAAGAAAAAAAAAAGAGAGAAAGGGAUAAGGGAGAAAGAAAGAAAAAGAAGAGGUGAAGAAUGGGCAGUAGCUAACGCAGGAAGAGAGAAGAAAAAAAGAUUUCCGCCACUCUCUACAGCAGCAACUUUUCACCUCCGGAUCGAAGGCCAAACGAAGUCCGAUCGUGCUCAAAUUUUAGUAUGUUGUUCCUCACAUACUCCUCUUCAAAUCCAACGGUCAGAUUCUCAUUUUGAUGCCCGAAAGGCUGUUUUCUAGCUGCGUUUUCAUACCUGCGUUUUUGGGAGUUUUUACUCCAUUUUAUGUUGAAUUGUUGAUUGUUGUUGUUCCAAGGUUGCUCCUUGAUGAUUAUGUAUGCCUCUAGUGUUUACUAGAGAGGAGAACUUGUUGUACCCACUUGGUUCUUGGUGAUUAGUGGAAGUUUGGGUGCCGUUGUUGAGCGGCCGUGGUUUUCUCCCCGAUUUGGGGUUUCCACGUAAAUCGUGUGUUCUUAAUUUUAUUUCCGUUGCUAUUUAUUUGUGGUGGUGGUGCUGAUUUCUAGAGUAUAUUGUGCUUUGUUAUUCAUCUUAUUAAUUUGGGGAAAAGAUUUUAUACGCUUCCGUUGUGUUUUGUUCCGUUCUUCCCCAACACUGUCAAGUUGCAUAUUGCCAUACGCCACUGAUCUGUUCUUUUUGGCUGCAUUUGUGGGAUCUCUACCCAAACGUGGGCUGAUCUAACAAAUGUUAAAUAGAAGAAGACAAUACCUUUUAUCCUCUCUCUAUUCCCCUGUCUCCUUCUUCUUCAUCACUUCUCUGGACAUGAAUCUUCAUCAUCAUCAUCAUCAUCCUCGCGCAUCGCCGAUUCUGCUUCUGGUUAUUGUUAUGCUAUUCACUCUCAAUCGCUCGAAUUACUGCAGGCGCGUCAAUCUCAGUGUCGCCGAUGAAGGAGAAGAUGACGAAGAAUCAAGGUCGCCGGCGAUGGAUUCUCCGCCCGAACAAUUGCUCAAUUGCAGCGGAGGCGGCGGCAAAGAGGGCCGCCGCGCAUCUGAUAGAGGUUACGCUGUUUCCAACAAGGUUGUUCCCGGCGGCCCCAACCCGCUUCACAAUUGAAGGAUGAUUUGUGCACUGCCAUUCAGAAUGGACUUUGAAAAUCGAUUAGCCAUAGUUUGUUCCUUCUCUAAUCAAAUUUGCUUGGUUGUACAGAUGUAGUAUAAAGAACACGAGUUUCAUUUUGAUUUUAAUUUUUUAAAAUUGUAUACUCGUAAAUUGUACUCCGUAUGCUUAUUAUUUGUACAGUAUCACAAAUAAAUUGUGGCAUAAUUU